AUGCAUCUAGGAGAUUACGAGACUGCAUUAUCUAUCAGCUUGUCCGUAAAUGUGGACACUAAUACACGUACAGGCUGUAUGAUUGAAAUUUUGCGGGCUCUUUUACGUGGAGAUACGUACGGAUUGGCCGGGAUAUGGGAAGAAGUUAUUAAAGAAUGUCAACAUGCCGAGGCGCUCUGCAAACAAAAUGGCCUGCAUAAGAUGUUUGCCAACGCAGGCUCAUUUCGUCUUUCAAAAGCUUUCGUGGAAAUGUCGAAAAGAGUGCAUGAACGAGCACGGUCACAAGAGCUCUUAGAAAACACGAAGAGUAUCGUACUCGAUUACCUUGAUCUAAUCGACGAUCC